CAAAGCUCUACGCACGCAUAUACAUAUAUAUGUAUAUAUAUGUGUGUGUGAAAAACGCAACCCUUUGCUUUUGCCAAAAACCAGAGCUUUAAACACCCUAAAAAUCUUCCCCUUCGAGAGAGGAAUUCAACGGUGAAAGAAUCGUUGAAAACGAACGUCGGAAGAAGGAGAACAAGCUCGCCGGGCUGAUUUUGCGACGGGAAACGGAGCAGGGAAAACAAAGCUGCCAUCACCGCCAGUCCAUCACCGACCACCGCUGCCCCAGAACUAGCCGAUAGCACCGCUGUUUCGCUCGUCCGAGGAGGUGAUUAUCUAGAGACCGGAUUAGAGGAAGAUAACUAGGAGCAUCAGGACUUAAGGUAAUGAUGAAUAUGAAGCUCAUGAUGUUUGACGAGCCUUGAGAGCGUUUUAGAAGAUUUAUGUGUAGCCUUCACUUAGUUUAAAUAAUGUUAUUAAAUUUUGAAUUUAAGUUUUUAAUUCGGUUGAACUCGUGGUGGAUAGCCUCAACAUCCAGCCAAGUUGAGGGCUGGGUGUGGCGGUAACACAUCCUUUUUCCAUUACUGUUAUUUCCGCUGCAAAACUCUAUCUAUUUUUAAGGAAUAAAUCAAUGUUGUUAUCAAUAUAUUAUUAUUUCAAGUAUUAUUUUGGGCGGGAAAAUGGGGGUGUUACACGGCGCCCUUCCAAGAGCUCCUUCGAGAAUGGGGAAUAAAGCACCGUUUCUCCUCCGUUGCCUACCCUCAAGGCAACGGGCAUGUGGAGAACGCCAACAGAACCAUAAUGGAGGGGCUGAAGAAGAACCUACAGGACGCAGGAAGAAGUUGGGCCGACGAGCUCCCCAACAUCCUGUGGUGCUAUCUUACUACGCCGAGGAGGGAACCGGGUGAAACACCUUUCGCCCUGUGCAACGGUUUUGAAGCAAAGGCACCCACGGAGGUCACCAUUCCCAGCCGACGGGUGGAGCAGUAUGACCCAGAGGUCAACGAGGAAAACAUGAAAAUCGACCUCCACCUGGUCGACGAAAGACGUGAACAGGCAUUCAUCCGAGCAGAGAACUACCGGCGUCAAGUGAAAUCAUACUAUGACGCCAAGGUACGUUCCCGAGAAUUCCAAGUGGGGGACUACAUCCUCCGGCGAAGGGAAGCAAGUCAGCCGACGGAAGGAGGCAAGCUAGCCUUGAAGUAUGAAGGUCCCUACAUCGUCAGUGCCGUGGUGAAACCCGGUACCUACAAGCUUAAACGCUCCAACGGGACCAAUGUACCACAAACGUGGAAUGUACACCAUUUGGUGAAGUUUUAUCAAUAAUUCGAAGGAGGUGCAGCCGACGAAGCCCUCACCCUUUGACGGGUUAUUGAUCGAACGCCACCCUCGGCCUUGAGCCACUUUUGAAAAAAAU